GGGAGGUUAAAUACAAUUUCAAAUAACAGAGUCGACGAGGAUUGGAAUUUAAAGGAAACAAGACCAUAUACGGUACAUGAUUGUGUAGGUACCUACCUCCUAGGUCGCUUUGCGUUGGUUAUAGCAACAAAAUUUCGAUCUACAGUUGAUUCUCCCGGUCGUUAGGACCAUACUUUUGUAGGUAUCCUAGUACAUCUUGCCUCCUAUCCUUGGUAUAGGAUUCCUUGGCAUAGAAAUCAUUGGUGUUGUUGCUAGCUGUUACAAGAUCAUCGUCCUCCACUGAUCGCUACGUAUGCAAAAGCCCGUUCGACGAUGUACCACAGACGACCCGAUCACUAGCCAAUCCUCGAAAAUACGAACAAGUGAAUUAUCUUUCGAUUCCGUGGACUUGGACGAGUGUGGCCAGACUAGAUACUCACCUAGGUAACUAACCAACAUCAUAAAUCAUAGCUCCAGGUAUAUCUUUCUAUUACUCCUAUUGCUCCAUCGGCCCUUGUCCUUUUCUACUUGCUAUUCACGUUGUCUUAUGGACGAGUAGUCUUCCAAAUUUUUGCGUCUCAUUGCCUAAUCGAAAACAUGAAGCUCGAUUUCUUCUCUUUCUUGCUACCCUUCCAGGCAUCCAUAGCGCCCAGUACUCAAUUUGAACAUGGCCAUGCUCGCAAGCUGGCUACCCCCGCGGACCUCCAAGCAGACGUCGCAGGACUCAUUGCCAUGUCGCGUACGUUGUGGCUGGAAACUAUACAUGCGACUAAAGAUACGUCUGAGGAGGCCGGGAAGGUAAUUCCGGAUUUCGUAAAAGCAACUUUGAUCGUGUACAAUCAUACAGCUAGCCAGACCAAACCGGUUAGAGACAAUCAGAGUUCUCGUUCGUUGUUUGCCGGCAUCGAUAAUUGGGAGCAUCAGACGGCGGCGUUCCUGGACGAGCAUAUAUGCUGACUGAACUCGCUAGGACUUCUGUCAUAACUUUGAGGUUCUCCUUCCGGGAUUUAAAGACUCGUUUAGCAAUGUCGUAGAUGAGCUAGUGACGGCCUUUGACAAUGCUAUUGACGCGUUAAAGGAUAAUUGAGCGUCCAAAGGCAGAACUGCGACUGUUGUGAACUAGGAAGUUGGGUAGUUGUUUACUUGGGCGGGAGAAACGUUUGAAGGCUUAUAGUUACGACGUUCAAUGGAGAUAACAGGCGGUGGAAGGUGAUAGUUAUCAAAGCAAAUGUCGGAGUCAAUAGCACAAUUGAGAAUCUCCGAAGGUUGCGAUAGAUCUCUCUUUAGGUUUUGUCUUCCUUCUGUUAGAGGCCUAGUCUGUUGAGGGGUUUGGCAGAAAGGGCUUUUCCUGUAAUUAUACUGUAGCCCCUGAGCAGGAGAGUUGAGAACUUAUUGCGCAAUAACGUUGUUAUUUCACUUCUUAAUUCCG